GCUGCAAGUUGCUCUCUGAGUUGUGUGUAUGUAUCUUGUUCUUUUGCGAUUGUCGACUGAAUUACGGCCAGAAAAGCGAUUUACCAUCUCUCAAGCUACUGCACUGACACAAAAAGAGCUGCUAAUAAGUGCAACACAUCCAUAUCUCGCAAGAUGGUGGAGGGAAGCGCGGAAAACAGAUUCCAUCGCCCGUUUGCGCGCUAACCAGAGGAAGUAUUCGCCGGUUACCCCUUACGGCCAUGUAAUUGUACGUCAAAUAGUUCAUUCACUUGAUCUGGUUUUCUCCGAGAUUCAGCGUUACGUUCUGUCGCCAAAAUGAUGUGCGAUAUAAUGCCUACGAUCUCUGAGGACCCGCCAGAGAUACAGUAUGGGCAAAAUGAGGAGACAAACUUCGAGCAACUUAUGGUUAAUAUGCUCGACGAACGGGACAAGCUGAUGGAAACUCUUCGCGAAACUCAAGAUUCGCUGGCGCUCACAAGAGCAAAGUUGACAGAAUGUCAAAAAGAGAAGGAUGGUCUGAUGAGUCAUUUGGAAACUGUGCUAAAUGAUGGUGAUGAUCAACUAAUUGAAAGGCUAGCUGGUCUAGAUGGGAUUAUUACGGAGUCGGGGAAUAAUUUGAAAGAAGAAUCGGGCAAAAAGAAUCGAGUUCGAGUCCUAGCUGAGGACUUUGCAACAAUGCUGAAGGAGCUAAACCAAGCCCGGGAACAACUUUUAGAAAAGGAUGAGGAGAUAAGUGAACUGAAGUCAGAGAGAUGUAACACAAGACUUCUCUUGGAACAUCUAGAAUGUUUAGUAGCAAGGCAUGAAAGAUCCCUGAGAAUGACAGUUGUUAAGCGACAAGCAGCCACAACUGGGGGAGUAUCUUCAGAAGUGGAAGUUCUCAAGGCUCUCAAAUCUCUCUUUGAACAUCAUAAAGCUUUGGAUGAAAAGGUACGUGAAAGACUAAGACAAGCUGUAGACAAGAACAAUGCACUUGAAGCAGAACUAGAAGAAACAAGAGAAAAGCUCAAAGAGCUUGAACAAGAAAAUGAAGACAUCAGACUGCGGAAUCUUAGGAGAAUAAGAACUGAAGAAAAACUUCAUGCAUCAAGUGAAAACUGUCUAGAAAACGGUGAUGACAAUUCUAACGGAGAGAAGCAUCUUUCCAAUGGACCAGUUAGUGUUGAUGUGACAGCUCAUGAAGAGCAAAUGGAGGAGAUGCAGUUCCUCUUGGAUAAGAGGACAAAGGAAGUGGAGCGGCUCACAAGAGAAAACAAGGACUUGAAAGAGAGAUGUACAACACUUGAAGAAGAAUUGCGAAUAUGUAAUAAACAGCUUGACAGAGGAAAUGCCUCCAUUCAAAGACUAGAACGAGAUUUAGAUGAGGCAGCAGCACAGAAAUCAGACAUGGAGGAUAGAGUAGCAACCCUUGAGAAGCGUUAUGUACGACUUCAACAUGAGGUCACUGCACUGAAUGAUGAUAAUGAAAGACUGGAAACUGAACUUGCCAGCAAAGAAAGUGAACUUAUCCAGGCUGAAGAGAAAUUAAGGUGUCAGCAAGAAAAACUAGAACUAGCAGAACAGAACCUGAACCAGUCUUUACGAAAAGCUGAAGCUUUACCCAAAAUAGAAGAAGAGCUAGCUGUUCGAAUGGCAGCUUUGAAUGAGGCUGCAGAGAAACAAGGCACAGCUGAAGAGACUGUUCAACAGUUACAGAGCCAGGUUAAGGACUUACAAGCAGAGCUCAACAGGGCACGUGAAAGAGAAAAGAUGAAUGAAGACCACAACACAAGAUUGUCUAAUACAAUUGAUAAGCUGUUGGGCGAGUCCAAUGAGAGACUACAGGUGCACCUUAAGGAGCGCAUGACUGCGCUAGAGGAGAAGACUGCUUUAAAUCAAGAACUUACAGCUGUGAAAUCACAAGUAGAAGAUCUUCAAAGAGAAAAGGAAAUAUUAGCUCUAGAACUUGGAAGACUGAAUGAAGAAUUUGAAAAAAUUAGAUCUAAGGGUCCUACCACUGCAGCAGUUAAUGGCCCUGUGGUAAAGUUCAGUGAGCCUGUCAGGCGAGAAACAAAAGGUCGAGCUGGAAUAGAGGAUGCACCAAGCAGAGUCUUUACACUAAAUGAACAAGAAUGGCAGAAACUGGAACAAGAGAGUGUCCUGAAGAAUGUUGCCAUGGCCUUUGAUACCGGUAAACUUUCAGACAUUGAAAGUGAUGCUGGCAGUGAUAUAUCAGAAGAAAGAGGUGUUGGUGGUGAUGCACAGACCCUGGCUUCCCUGCUACAGCAGCAAAUAGAUAUCAUCAACAAGGAACUCAAUACACUGCAAGAAGAACACAAAUCAACAGAGAGAAGAGCCAUCGUACUUGAAAAUACUGUAUCAAAGAGUCCAAGGCAUCAAGAUGUGUAUUCAGCUAAUUCACAGCAGGAGUUGGUUGCAUCCUCCACAUCAUUUCCAUUUCCUCCUCUGGAUCCAAUGGAUACAACACCAAUCUGGGUCAAGUCAAGCAAGGAAGGUUCACUUAAUACCCUAGAUGAUGCACCCACCCCUCCCACACCCAGUUCAGGUACAUCAGAUUCUACAGAGAGUUCCAAACCCAGUCAGAGUGGUGCAAACUCAAGUCCUGUACAUGAUGAUACUACAGGCACUGUUUCAUCUACCAAUGGCAUGAUGAAACUAAGGAAUAGCUCAGUAGACUCAUUACCAAGUGCAACAAGCACCACAAGUAGUGCAGAGUCUCUAUCAAAGAACAGCAAAGGCAAGAAAGGAAUUAAAGGAUCAUUUGGACGAAUUUUUAAAACAAAGACUAAAAAUAAGGACAGCACAGGUGUCCUUACAGACUCUUAUUCACUUCCCAAUGAAUCUGUACCAGGGGGUAGUGGACAACGUGAGUUGGACAGGAGAAUAAAAAAUAAAUCACACUUGUUAGCAGAGGCAUUAGCAGCUGGGACACCAUUUGCUUUGUGGAAUGCACCUACAGUUGUGGCAUGGUUAGAGUUGUGGGUUGGCAUGCCUGCCUGGUAUGUGGCAGCUUGUAAAGCCAAUGUUAAAAGUGGAGCAAUAAUGUCGGCUCUGUCAGAUACAGAGAUUCAACAUGAAAUUGGAAUAUCCAAUCCACUUCAUCGACUCAAGCUACGGCUCUCAAUUCAAGAGAUUGUCACCCUUACAAGUCCAUCCUCACCCACAACCAACAGAAAUUCUCUCGUUUAUGGUGAAAUGAACCAUGAUUGGGUUGCAAAUGAAUGGCUUCCAAGCAUAGGUCUUCCUCAGUACAAGAGCACUUUUCAAGAAUGUUUAGUAGAUGCACGAAUGCUGGAGCACAUAAGCAAGAAAGAAUAUCAAAAAUAUUUGAAAGUAGUUGAUGGGUUUCACAGACACAGCUUGCAGUGUGCUGUCAAAUGUUUGGGGUUUAUGAAUUACGAUAAAAGGUUACUGGAGAAAAGAAGACAAAUGUGUGCUGACGAGGUUAAAGAUGUACUUGUUUGGAGCAAUGAGCGUUUAAUAAGUUGGCUAAAGAAGAUUGGAUUAGCCGAGUAUGCUGAUAACUUGCAUGGCACAGGAGUACACGGAGCAGUGAUUGCUCUGGACGAAACUUUUGACUGUAAUACCCUGGCUUAUGCUUUACAGAUACCCAGUCAGAAUACACAGAUUCGUCAAAUACUUGAGCGGGAAUUCAACUGGCUACUGGCGAAUGCUACUGAAAGAGAAACUGUUGAUGAACUUGGCAAUGGAGGCGAUUUCAAACGCUCCAAAUCUUGGAGGAAGAUGUUUAAACAGAGAGAUAAAGGCAAGGACAAGAACAAGGAUAAGGAAGCCAAUAUAAGAAAAAAUUCGUCCGGGUCAGAGUCAUCGCUGAGCCAGUCAAGUGUCAGUUCGUCUCCAAAACCUUCAGCCAAGAAUACUAGAAACAACUUCGUUGGCAGCGACACAAAAAGUGCAGAUGGCGGUUCAGUGAUCGCAAGUAACAGCCUUUCGUAGCAAUUAUACAACAAUACGCCAUCACACAAACAAGUGUCGAUUUACAGUGGCUUAGUAUAAUUAGCCAGUAUAUAACAGCAUGCUUAAAUUAUAGAUAAAAUUUAUUUUUCAAUUUGGACAAGGUAAACUAUGCUAUCUAUGGUUUUAGUAGCACCUAAUUUUAUGAAAUUGUAUCAAAAGAUUUAUUAUGCAAAGGAAUUGGCUUGGGAUUAAGCUACGGACUGACCGUGCAAAGUGUUUUGGGGUUUGUGUAGUGCUGGCAUAUUCCAGCCGUUUUGUACAUGUAAUUUUCCAUGCCUGACGUGUGAAUAUGAUUAGUAAUUCUGUCAGGGUAAUAAAUUAAGGGACAUAUUUGUGCAUACAUCAUUCAUGGUGGUGCUUGUGGACUUGAGUGUCUAGUGUUUCGGUUUCGAUCUCCAACUGCUGAAUUGCGCAUGUGCACGUUGAGGGAAGACGUGUGCCCGGAGGAGAUAUGAAUUUUCUGACCGCAGAAGUGAAACUAAAACACAUUUACAAUGUGGGUGGGUUGGGGUGGAUCUCGCUCAGGUCACUGCACUCACAGAAACAUGAGUAUGCACAUUUUGAGACACUUUUGUAAUGAAUUGAAAUGAUAGUGAAAAUAACAAUUGUCCUGUUUUCAAUUGAAAUGAAUAUAGAAUUUUUUCUCAUUAGGGUGAGAAAUAUUAUUUCGUAACGAUUAACCAUAUUUAGCUUGUCUAAAAAUUAGUCAUUCUGUUUGUGAAAGUUAGAUGUUUUGCAGUACUUUUUAUAGCAAGGAUUGAAUUUUUGGUAGAGUUAAUACUUUCAAUGAUCAGGAAACUUUCUUUUAAAAGCCAAUCUUAGAAAUUUCAAACAUGUACAUCUGGUUAAACUGGAGUAUCUUCCAUCCAAUCAGAAGCACUGUAUGUAUCUCUUAUGCUUCAAGUAGACUUUGAUCGAGUUUGACCUGACCUGAGCUAGAUAAUUUUGAAUCAGCGACAGCAUGAUUUUGUAGUAAGAAAUGUGAAAUGCCUUUAAAGCUGUUCAAUUUAAUGGAAAUAAUUGCCUUGAAUACUUUUACACGAGAUAAUAAUGACUUUGCAUUUGGACAGAAUCCUAAAACACUUUGUAAACCUUUCACCACCCAGAUUUUCUCAGCGAUAUCAAAUUUAUACUACAAAAUACUGAAAAUGUCAAAUAAUCGCUUGAACAAGUCAGGUACGAUCGUUUUCACCACAAAGCAUCUUUGGACCUUAUAAAAACUCACUGGAAAUAGAUUUCCGUCAGUGGAAGCUAACUGUGAUGACAUCAGCCACACAGCAGAUGUAAAGCCAAGAUCACUGUUAUUUGUAUCAAUUUGGUGAACUGUUAAUGAUGGACUUUCAAAUUUAUUUGCUUUGAAAAUCCCUUUCAUUUCCAGCGAAAUAUGAUUUCGAAGACCGCGUUUCAGUGGAACUUACAAAAUGCAUAGUGGAACAUUGCCAGUAAUUUUUUUUCAUGUCUUAGAAACUUUUUUCAGUAUUUUUUUUUUAUACAUCAUCGGUUGAUUUUCUCGCUAGAGAGAGGCAUCCAAAGUGACUAAGUGAUUAGUGACGUGGGAAAAGGUUACACUGAAAGUUGCUUGCAGCUUAAAAUUAGUAUAUUUAGUGAUUGUAUCAGAGCCAGGAAAAAAUAGAGUUCAACUCGACUAUAUCUGAGCUGACCUGCUACAGGUCCACAUUAGGUGUUUCUAAUUAAUACAUGUUUAUUCCUUACUAGUCAUAAUCGCAAAGGCCGGAUUAGGACAAUUUAGUAAGUAAUCGAUUCAGUUUUGGCUGAAUCUAAGGACUCGCACUUAGUAAAUUCGAAUUCGUUCGUAGUUAAGCUCUUCGACUAAUUAUUGAGGGCAAAUGGAAGCUCUGUUAUGGCUGAAGCAUCAGUUGGCGUUAAUGGUUUAACAGGAAGCAUUGACCGUCAGUAUUUAUUUACAAAUGAGAACAUCGUUCUUUGUUUUUCUGUCACUAUAUAUCAUUUGUAAAAUACGAAAAUUAACAACGUUGUUAUCUGUAAUGUAUAUGUAACCAAAUAUCAGGAUAUUGAAAUACAGUUAUAUUUUAUUAGU